GCUUACGUGUGAUGGCCGAUCCUGAUGACUCGUAGCAUUAACAGAACCAUCAUACGUCAAGAGCGAACGAGACAGAAAGCGGCUGCUAAGUCAUGGCCGAUGCAGACAGAGACCCUGAAAAGCUCUGGCUCGAAACGCCUCUGGUGCACUCUCCGCACAUAUCCGCGAGGCUGGGAUGUAACGCCUAUCUAAAGCUAGAGACCCUCCAACCAUCGCAAUCCUUCAAGUACCGCGGUAUAUCCUACUUCAUCCAAGACGCGGUCCGAAAGCACGGCCACGGCAUCCACCUCAUCGCCGCGUCCAGCGGAAAUGCAGGCCUCGCUGUCGCUUGCGUGAGCAAACGGCUGGGGGUGCGAUGCACGGUGUAUCUGCAUGAAGGCGUCAGCACAUCUACGAUCGAGUUCUUGCGGCGAGAAGGGGCGGAGGUUGUUUCUGUAGGCACGUGUUACCUGCACGCCCGCAGGAAGGCUGAGGAAGCUGUCAAAUUGAAUACAAAUGCGGUGAUGGUGCCGCCGUACGACGACCCCCUAGUGUGGGCAGGCCACGGAUCGAUGAUUGCAGAGAUCGCCCGCCAGCUCCCAGCGGGAACCAAGCCCGAUGCUGUCUUCUGCAGCGUCGGCGGAGGAGGGCUGGCCGGAGGCAUAAUGUACGGCUGCAAAUCUAUUGGAUGGGAUGACGUGCUCCUCGUCGCAUUGGAGCCAACCGGCUCCAACUGCUUUUACCAGUCGCUCGCUGCCAACGCUGGAGCAUGGCCGGUAUCCAGCACUCUUCCGGAAGACACCCGCGUAGAGCAUAAUGGCAUUCACAACGUGGAAGUAGCUCACCUAUCCAAGCUGACUUCCCGAGCCACUUCUCUCGGAGCUUCCUCUCCCGCGGCUGCAGUCGUGAAGAUGGCACUGGAGAGAAGCGGAGGUGUCGAAAGCGUGUGCGUGCCUGACGAGAUGAUUAUGCAAGCUGCACUUCUCUUUGCAGAAGAGCACAAGAUGCUGGCGGAGCUUGCUUGCUCGGCCACGCUCACCCCUGCAUACAAAUCGGAUUUAUUCAACAAGCUUUUACCGCGGCCGUCAACGGCGACGCCGAGAACGGCGGUCUUCAUAGUCUGUGGUGGGUUCAAGAUUUCGUUGGAGGAGAUGGAAGAGUACAAGAAGCUUCUUGAGGCAGACGCAGGGCGCGGUGGACAGUGGACAGUGCUGUGCAAUGGCGAGCAAUGGAACGUGGAGAAAUGAGACAGAGUAGUGGUACAAUAGCAGGCGUAUCGAGCAGGAAAGCUAUAACAAUGCAUGAUAGAUAUGUAUGUUGCUGCAUAUUGGUGAUACACGGACCAUUUCUUGUGCAAACGAGCGCCGAACUCCUUUUCGCUAAUCACAGAAGACGCUCGCUCGUACUGGACUCUGAAGCAGCAGACGCCUCUCUCCGCCGU